AUGGGACGUACUCUCUAUGACAAAGUUUGGGAUGAUCACGUCGUCGAUCGUCAAGAAGAUGGCACUUGUUUGAUUUAUAUCGACCGACAUCUUGUCCACGAAGUAACCAGUCCACAAGCAUUCGAAGGUCUUCGCAACGCUGGUCGUAAGGUUCGCCGUCCGGAUUGUACACUCGCCACGGUGGAUCACAAUAUCCCAACAACAUCUCGCAAGACAUUCAAGAAUGUGACCUCCUUUAUCGAAGAAGCUGAUUCUCGCACUCAGUGUGAAACGCUUGAGCAAAAUGUCAAGGAAUUUGGUUUGACGUACUUUGGCUUGGAUGACAAUCGUCAGGGUAUCGUGCACGUGAUUGGUCCUGAGCAAGGUUUUACGCUUCCUGGUUGUACUGUCAACUGUGGUGAUUCUCACACAUCGACGCAUGGUGCUUUUGGUUCUCUUGCUUUUGGUAUUGGUACAUCUGAAGUGGAGCACGUCUUGGCUACCCAAACCUUGCUUCAAAAAAAGUCCAAAAACAUGCGUGUCAAGGUUGAUGGCAAGGUGACCCCUGGUGUCACUAGCAAGGAUAUCGUGUUGCAUGUUAUUGGUGUUAUUGGCACUGCUGGUGGCACUGGUUGUGUCAUUGAAUUCUGUGGAUCGGCUUUUGAAGAGAUGUCUAUGGAGGCACGUAUGUCUGUGUGCAACAUGUCAAUCGAAGCUGGUGCACGUGCAGGCAUGAUCGCACCCGAUGAGACGACAUUCGAGUAUGUAAAGGGACGUCCUCUUGCACCACAAGGCGAGGAAUGGAAUCGUGCUGUGGAAUAUUGGAAGACUUUGCGAUCUGAUGAGGAUGCUGUAUACGACGUGGAUAUCUUUAUUGACGCAGCCGAUAUUGCACCUACUUUGACUUGGGGUACUAGUCCUCAAGAUGUGGUUCCUAUCACUGGCAGUGUCCCUGAUCCCUCCAAGGUGGAUGAUCCUGCUCGUCGUUUGGCUAUGGAACGUGCUCUCACCUACAUUGGUCUCGAACCUAAUACCCCCAUGGAAGAAGUCAAGGUCGACAAGGUUUUCAUUGGCAGUUGUACCAACUCGCGUAUUGAGGAUUUGCGUGCUGCUGCUCAAAUUGCCAAGGGUCGACGUGUAGCCGAUUGGGUUUAUGCUAUGGUUGUGCCUGGAUCGGGUCUCGUCAAGAAGCAAGCUGAACGUGAAGGAUUGGAUGUCAUUUUCAAGGAAGCUGGAUUUGAUUGGCGUGAGGCUGGUUGUUCAAUGUGUCUUGGUAUGAACCCUGAUCAACUCAAGCCUGGUGAGCGUUGUGCAAGCACUAGCAACCGUAACUUUGAGGGUCGUCAAGGUGCUGGUGGUCGUACUCAUUUGAUGAGCCCUGCUAUGGCUGCUGCUGCUGGUAUCAAGGGUUACUUUGCUGACAUCCGCAAGAUGCUCCCUGCUGAGGAACAAACAAAGUCUACUGCUACCUCUGCACCUGCUCAUCCUAUCGAACCUGAAAAUGAGCCUGUUGAAGAUCAUGCUAAGGCUGCCGAUCAAGCUGAUCCUGUCACUGAUGCACCUGCUGGAUCGGAAUCACCUGCAAGUGGCGCACCUACCGAUGCUGCUGGUAUGCCAAAGUUCACUACUCUCAAGGGUAUCGCCGCACCCAUGGAUAUUGCCAAUGUGGAUACCGAUAUGAUCAUCCCCAAGCAAUUCCUCAAGACUAUCAAGCGCACGGGUCUUGGCACUGCUCUCUUUUACGCUUUGCGUUAUGAUCCUGCUACCAAUGAAGAGCGUCCCGAAUUUGUCUUGAACCAAGAACCUUAUCGUCAUGCUCGCAUUCUCGUAUCCACUGGUGCCAACUUUGGUUGUGGUAGCUCACGUGAACAUGCUCCUUGGGCAUUCAACGACUUUGGUAUUCGUUCCAUCAUCGCACCCAGCUUUGCCGAUAUCUUUUACAACAAUUGCUUCAAGAACGGUAUGUUGCCCAUUUCCCUUUCUCAAGAAAAGUGUGAUUUGCUUGCCGAACACGCCAAGAAGCAUGAAGAGCUUGAAGUGGAUCUUGUCAACCAAGUCAUUCGCUACCCUGGUGGUGAGGUGCCUUUUGAUGUUGAGCCAUUCCGCAAGCACUGUCUCGUCAAUGGUUUGGAUGAUAUCGGUCUUACUAUGCAAAAGGAUGCCCAAAUUGAAGCUUUUGAGGCAAAGCGUACUCGUGAUUGGCCAUGGCUCAAUGGUAAGGGUUAUUCUGGCAAGGCUACCAAGGUCACUGCAGUCCCUGUUGGCGAUUCCAAGAAGCAAAAGCUUGACUGGUAG